AUGGAAGUGUUGCUGAGGGGAAACCUGCGGAGAGGAGUGGGGCUCUGCCUUCUGCUGUUGGCUCUUGUACACGAGGCCACAGGCCAGAGAAGGAAGACAGGGCGCCGGAACAACUACAGGCUGCGUGACGAUGGAGAAAAUGGUAUGACAUGUUCACUGGAGGUGGCAUUCAUCCUGGACAGCUCAGAGAGUGCAAAAAUAUUCCUGUUUGAGAAGCAGAAGGCCUUCGUGCUGAGCUUCAGCACCCGCCUCUCAAUGCUGCAGGUCGCCGGCUGGACCCUGAAGAUGCGAAUGGCCGCACUUCAGUACAGCAGCUCCGUCUCUGUGGAGCACCGAUUCUCAUCUUGGAAAGACCUGGAUUUAUUUCACAGUCAAGUCAGCACCAUGAACUACAUUGGCCACGGCACCUACACUACUUACGCCAUCACCAAUGCCUCACAGCUGUUGGUGCAGGAGACGCCGGCGGACAGCGUCAGGGUUGCAGUGCUGAUGACUGAUGGGGUCGACCAUCCCCGUAACCCUGAUGUGAUUUCAGCUGCAGCCGAGGCCAAAGGUCACGGCAUAAAGUUCUUCGCUGUUGGUUUAUCAGACAUCGGGCAGCAGAGUCAGAAUAAUGCCAAGCUCCGGGCCAUCGCCAGCACACCUGCUCAGCAGUUUGUCCAAAGUCUUCUUGAUCCUCAGCUGGAGGAGAAGAUGCUCAAAGAGAUGGGUGCAGUCGCAUUUGAAGGGUGUCCACAGGCUCAAGUGUGUUUGUGUGAAAGAGGAGAGAGGGGCCCACAAGGAAGUCCAGGUCGAAAAGGGGACCAAGGCUUCAGAGGGCCACCAGGUCUUAAAGGAGCGAGGGGGGAGCCUGGGUUGAACGGUCGACCUGGAAGUGAUGGUCCAGAGGGUCGCCCGGGCUAUAAGGGCAGCAAGGGGGAGAGAGGAGACUGUGGCGCUCCGGGGGAAAAGGGUGACACUGGACCUGAGGGACCUCCAGGCCAGCGAGGAUUGAAAGGAGAACAGGGUGCAAUAGGACUUCCAGGUGACAUGGGACCUGAGGGCCCAGCAGGACCUAAAGGGGACAGAGGGCCCAGCGGUACUUCUGGACCACCGGGGGACAUCGGUAUCGGAUUCCCAGGAGCCAAGGGUGAAAAAGGCAUUCAGGGAAGAUCAGGUCCCCCAGGUCCUGUUGGGAUCGGAGAACCAGGACUACCGGGUCCCCCAGGACCUGCUGGAGCACUAGGGAACCCCGGACCACCUGGAGAGGGGUUACCAGGGCCGAAGGGCGAUCGAGGAUACGACGGUCCAAGGGGCAAUCGUGGACUUGCUGGUGUUGGGAUCAAAGGUGAUAAGGGAAGUAACGGGCCGCCUGGGUUUCCAGGUCCACUUGGUGCUCCUGGUGUGGGACUUCAAGGAGAGAAGGGUGAUCAAGGCCCAGUUGGACCUACAGGCCCCAGAGGAGCUCAAGGUAUUGGAAUAACAGGACCAAAGGGGAAUCAGGGCCUCCCAGGUGAGCCUGGCCUGACAGGUGAGAGAGGUGUUGGAGAGCCCGGACCCAAAGGUGACCCAGGUUCGGAGGGGUUACCAGGUAUACCAGGUGAGCCGGGAGAGGAUGGAGCUCAGGGACAAAAGGGUGACCUUGGAUUACCGGGGCCCAGGGGACCUGACGGUGCUCCUGGUAAGGGCGUACCUGGAGCAAAGGGAGACAGAGGGGACAGGGGAACCAGAGGAUCACCUGGCGCAGUUGGUCCUGUGGGGCCGAUGGGGUCGAAGGGUGAACCAGGAAUCAUUGGGCUGCCAGGUGUACCUGGACCACCAGGGAGGGGUAUCGCUGGUGCCAAGGGAGAAUCGGGCCAGCGAGGUCCACCUGGAGCUAUGGGAGAGCAGGGGAUAGGUUUACCUGGACCAAAGGGGGACAGAGGGUCACCAGGACCUGGUGGGGCACCUGGACUUAAAGGUGAUGGUUAUCCCGGCCCUCCAGGACUUCCAGGGCCUCCUGGUCUGACAGGAGAGACUGGAUCAGAUGGCGUUGGUUUACCUGGACCAAAGGGAGACAGAGGUUUGCCUGGACCUCCUGGACCUGCUGGGCCACCAGGAAUUGGCAUAAUUGGUGCUAAGGGUUCAGCUGGUCAAAUAGGACCACCUGGUCCAUUGGGGUUACCUGGAGAGGGCAUCCAAGGACAAAAGGGGGAGACUGGAUUUCAGGGGAUCCCCGGCCCCAGAGGUCCUCCUGGACAAGGUCAACAAGGAGACAAGGGGGAGCGAGGGUUCAGAGGUGAAAAAGGCAAAAAGGGAGACAGAGGAGAACCUGGAGAGACCGGACCCACCGGACCUUUGGGUAGAGUAGGACAAAAGGGAGACCCUGGACUUACAAGGGAAGAAAUCAUCAAAAUAGUGAGAUCCAUAUGCAGUUGUGGAGUGACCUGCCGCCAAACCCCCUUGGAGCUGGUCUUUGUGAUUGACAGCUCUGAGAGUGUCGGCCCCGACAACUUCAACGUGAUCAAAGACUUUGUAAACGCCCUGAUCGACCGAGCCUCGGUCAGCCGGGACACCACGCGGGUGGGUGUGGUCCUCUACAGCCACAUCAACAUGGUGGUGGCCAGCCUCAGGCAGGAAGCCACUCGUGAUGAGAUCAAGUCUGCGGUGCGCUCCAUGACCUAUCUGGGUGAGGGGACAUUCACGGGCAGUGCCAUCCAGCAGGCCAACCAGGUGUUCAAGGCGGCACGGGCAGGUGUGAGGAAGGUGGCCAUCAUCAUCACAGAUGGGCAGGCCGAUAAGAGAGACACAGUCAGUCUGGAGAGGGCUGUGUCCGAAGCUCAGGGGAGUAACAUCGAGACGUUUGUGAUCGGGGUGGUGAAUGAGAGCGAUCCUCUGUUUGAGGAGUUCAAGAAGGAGCUCAAUCUCAUGGCGUCUGACCCUGACAGCGACCACGUGUACCUGAUCGAUGAUUUCAAAACACUUCCAGCUCUGGAGAGAAAACUGCUGAGCCAUAUCUGUGAGGACGGAGAGAGACAUUUGUUCAGCUCCGUCCCGAGCUCCAGACUUCCUCCAGGAAUCCCAGAGGUCUCCGGUAACGUUCGAGAACCUCCAUACAGGACGGAUACCGACACCCCCACCUUCACUGGAGACUACAGGAGGGUUCAGAUAGUGCCCGGCCCUCCGGCGUCACAACCCGGCAGAGAACCCAUCAUUCUGCCGAGACCCAAGACGGACGACAGAAGCUCCUCAGAGAUUCAGAGAUUUCCGUUCUUUGACAGGGAACCCUUCAGACCCGUCACAGAGUUCCUCCCACAGUUUGACAUGAAGGACCCCAACCACCAUGUGGUGAUGACGGGAGCCAUCGGGCCAGCUGGUCCCACUCUGAAGGCCCCGCCUGAGAAGAAAACACCGCCGCCUCCGACUCCCCCACUGCUGCCAUCUGACACCUACGCAGCGGAGCGCUGCGGCCAAGUGCUGGAUCCAGGACCGUGCCGGGACUACGUGGUGAAGUGGUACUAUGACGCCACGGCUAAUUCCUGCGCUCAGUUCUGGUUCGGAGGCUGUCUGGGAAACAGCAACCAGUUUGACAGUGAGAGGAGCUGCAGAAAAACCUGCGUCAAGGUCUAAACCUGCAUGUGUACCUGUAGUCAUCAAUAAAACAUUCUGCUGUGACGCCACGUGACUUCGCCAUGACGUUCACUUCAACUUCAGUGCCUUAGUAUUUUACUUGUAGCUACUUUUGACAUGGAUAGGGAAGAAAAAAGAGGCAUCAUUAAAGCAAAUUAGCCUAAAAUUGAGUUUAAAGUUUAAAUCGUUCAGUAGGCUAAGUACUAUUAAAUGUGUUUUUUUUGUUGGCCAGAGGGAGUUGUGUAUUAAUUGUGUAAACCAAGUUAAGCUAAUGCAGAGAAAACGGUGCCUGUGAUGUUACUGACACACUGUGGAACACUUCUGUUAAAAAUAAAACAACCUUUGUAACCACUAACCUUUCUAUUCAGAAAAAUAACCCCUUUUUAUGACGCAAUGAUGAAUUUUUUUACUUAAUGUCUUAAGUUUUUUAUGUUUAUGUUUUAAAUACUGUGAAAUGUCAUUUAAGAAAAAACCCCCAAAGCAAAUAAACUCAUAAUUUCAUGCACUGGAGGUUGGAUGCUG